CAGGCCGCGCCAGGUCUCCGAAGAGGAGCAGGAAAAAAAGGGGUUGGAAAUCCGGUGACGUACGACUUUCCUGAGGGGGCUCGGAAGUGGGCGACAGCUGCAGUAACCGCGGCCCGGCUCGAGGGACGCGAAAGCGACUGGAGUGACGCAUUGGUGACCGUUCACAUCCCUGCCAGGACUCUUCAGGGAGGCGGAGGCGAAGACCUGAGGUGACCAAAGGGACCCUGGUAGCCAUCACUGGGACAGACACAGAGAAUAAAGAAGCCUCAAGUUCACCCACUGGCAGGGGCAAAGGACUAGGCUCACACCAGGGCUCCUGGGAUGAUGGUGUGCUGAGAUGGCGUCCGAAGACAAAGACGGGGUGGCCGUGCCGAGCUCUCUGUGGGCCGCCCGGAUGGGGCCCUGGGACGCCAUCCUCGAGGCCGCCAGGGAGCAGCUCCCGUCUCUGGACUCGGAUUCCUCCCUGUCGGACUGCGAGGACGGGGAGCUGUUCAUCUUCCAGCGAGAUCAAACCACGCUCAUCCCGGACCUGGCGGAGGAGCUGGCGGAGGAGCCGGCGGAGGACGACCCCGCCGCGCCCGGGCGCUGGGCCGGGGCGGCCCGCGGGCCUCCCCCUGAGCCGCUUCUGGUGCCUGUGGAAUUCCCCGCAGAACUCGGGAGUAAGUGGAAGGCAAGGGCAGAGGAUUCAGCCUUUCUGGAAGGAAGGGACCCUCCAGGGCCUUUACAGAGCUGCGGUGAGAUCAGCUCUCUUAGGACCCCUGAGAAGACCCCCAGGUGGCAGGAAGGCUACCUUGGGAGCUUCUCUAGCAACACCCAAGAACCCCAGCAUCCUCUCUGGGGGCCGCGGGAAGGAGCCGCCAUCCCCGCCUGGGGAGGACACCUCCAGUCAGAGACAGUGAGCACCACCCGGCAAGGCUCCGAUUCCAUGACCCUCAGAGCCCUCCGAAGGGAGAGAAGGAAGAUGAUCGAGAAGGACAUACUCCGCAAAGUCACCUGGGAUGGCCCGGAUGCAGCCUUGGGGGGCCUCUCCCAGGCGAAGGAAGCCACUGAGGCAGGUCCCAGACCAGAAUCGCCCACAGAGGGACCUUGCGAAGGAUGGCCCGUGCUCUCCCUGAAGCAACUCGAGGAGUGGGAUUUGGAUUACAUCCUUCGGGGUCUGACGAUGCGAGGAGACCAGGGAGAUGGAGCGUCCAGUGCGUGGUGGGCCGCCCGCCACACCCAAGGCCCAGGCUGCACUCUGCCAGAGGCCCAGGACAGGCUCAUGGAACGGCUCGCUCUCCUGUGUGCCACCCAGGCCAGGGCAUCUCCCUCCGCCAGGAAGGUGCCGGCCAAUGGACCCCAGGACGCCGAGGAGCUGGGGGCCGGAAGCAGGCGUGCUUCGGCCAAGCCAGGCCACAAGCUGGCGGAGGAACUGAGGCUGCGGAGCCCGGCAGAGCCACCCACCAUCUUCAUUGACCUGCGGCAGACUGAGCCAUCAGGCCGCCAGUCCUCGAGGAGCUCCGCCUGCAGCUCCUCUGACAGUGAGGAGGAGGAGGAGGAGGAGGAGGAGGAGGAAGAGAAGGAGGAGCUGGCGACUUUGAGAGCCCAGCAGGGCCCAGCAGAGAGGGCGUGUCUCUCCUCCCAGCAACUAAGGGACUGUACCGGGAAAAGUCAGCUUCUCCAGCAGCUCAGGGCAGCUCGGAAAGCGCUGGCACAGCCGGAGCCGACUGUGGGCGAAGGGCCAGGCAGCCAGGAGCCGCCAGCCCCUGAAGAUGCGGCCGGAUCGGGGACUGGGAGGGGGCAGCCCGGGCUGCUGCAGGCUGCGGGACAGAGCGUCCGGGCCAGACCCCCGGGAGGGAGUACCAGGGCCGCAGUGCCGCAGGAACCUCUCGGGCCUGGGGCAGCCAGGGAAGCCCUCGUGCCUCCCCUGGGCCAACUGUAGACGCCUCGGGUCACAGGGCCUGAGGGUGAGACCAGCACGACCUGCCCUGCCCGCGACACCCCCAGGCCCUGUCGUCUGUGGCCAUGUGCUGCCCCCAGGACGUGAUUUGGUGGAGAGAGAACUUAAGGCCGUGGCUCCGCCACCCGUCUUGGGUUAGAGUUCAGUUAGAACAGGCUCGUGUACUUGGAGCAGAGGUACAGAUACACGUUUGAACAUAUGGUAGGUUGACAACUGUGGGGGACAAAGAGCCUCGAGGCUCUGAAAAGUUUCGUUCUCCGAGUGCGGCUCCGAGGGUUUCCUUCAUCAUUUUCCAUUUUGGCAUCUUUUCUCUUUAAUGGCAUCUCUCAUGUCCAUCAUAGAAGUUCUUUUCUAAAAUGGUAACAUUUGAAACAAAAAGUAAAAAAUCUUUACUUUCAGAGUUGAA